AGUAGAAAAUUAUUCAGUCUGCACUGGGAAACUCCAGAUCAAAUAUUGUUUAAAAAUUUAAUUUCUCAAGGGAUUGGAGGUUUCGAAAUCCUUGAGAGAAGACUAAAAUGACGGUGCUUAGUGUUCUACGACCGUCAGCUGUCUUCAAAAAGUGCUUAAGUGGCUCUGUUAUCAAUGGGACUCGUAGUACAACUGAGUCCGCUGUAAAUAAUGUUAACACAUUUCGAUUGUUGACAACAAGUUUAGUGCGAAAUGGUGGCGGUCAUCAGCGAGUGAUGGAGAUCAUCCCGUCGAAAUAUCAGUGGCAUAAGUACAAGGACUUACUUCACUUUUAUCUCAUGUUGGGAGCUAUCCCAGCGUUGGGACUAGUUUUCUACACCAAUGUUUUCAUUGGACCUGCCACCCUGACUGAAAUCCCUUGCGACUACCAGCCAAGACAUUGGGAGUAUGAAAAGCACCCAAUUUCACGAUUCAUAGCGAGGUACUUCACCACCAGUCGACAGGAGAGAUAUGAAAGGAACCUGUUUUACAUUACUGAACUCGAUGAGACGAGACGUUUGACAUUGCUUGAGAAUAAAGUAAAGGACCUCAUGUCGCAACGAGGCGAUUAUCCCAACUACUUUGCUGGCAGCGUGACUUCUGGAAAGUAUCUGAGAAGAAGAUUGCAAGAAGAGGCGGAAAUUGAAGCGCUUCGAGGAGAAGGAUAACCACCCCGUCGUUGCAAUGAUUAUCAUUUAAACACUUGGUAAAUAAAUGUAGUAAUCAGUAAUAUAUUCAAAAUUUGUUGUGUUCAAAAUUAACCAUGUAUAGCUAGUUAGUAAAAUGUAAUGACGGUUGAGUACAUCGGUAGUGUAUCCAAUAAUAAAGACAAUCCCCUGUGAUUGUUAAAGUCUA